AUGAAGCACGACGCCCUGCGCGCAGAAUACGCGUCUGCGCUCGCGGCCACCGACGGCGAUGUGUCCGCUGCGCGCAUCGAGGACCUGAAACGGCAGCUCGACGCCAUUGUGUACCCCGUCGCACACCUCCCCACCGAAAUCACGCAAUCGAUCUUUGAGCAGCUCGUCGCGCCGCCCGACGCGACGGACGACCGGUGGUGGAUGGCGCCUUUAAGCUUGCCGGAGUUAACACCGACCUCCGCGCCGAUGCUGCUGAUGCAGGUCUGCGCCGGCUGGCGCGCGAUCGCGCUGCGGCUCCCGGCGCUGUGGGCGGCGGUGAAGAUCGUGUUCCGCGGGCCGGACCGGGGGCCGCCGGAGGGGGACUUGGCCACCUGGAUGACGGUGGCGUGCCCGGCGCCGCGGGUGCUCGCGCUGGAAGGGCGGGUGGUGGGGCGGGAGCGCGCGCACGUGGAGGCGGUGCUGACGAAGCACGCGGCGGGCGUGACGCAUCUCGGAGCCGCCCGCUGCCGGGCGCUGCGCGGGGCAUACGUCACGCUCACCCCGGGGCCGCUGGACGUCGACAUGGGCCCGUUCCUGCCGCCCGAGUUCGUCCAGCUGUUCCGAAACGCCCCGGCGCUGCACGACGUCACCGUCCACGGCGGCAUCCGCCGCAGCAGCCUCGUGCUCCCGUGGGCGCAGCUCACCGCGCUCAACGGCAGUCGCUGGUCGACCGCGGACUGCUUCGCCGUGCUGCAGGCGUGUCCGCGGCUAAAAAAGGCAACAUUCACCGACCCAUACAACGUGCCACUCUCGCCGCUCGCCGGCCCGGUCCGGCACGCCGCGCUCGAGGAGCUCCAGUGCUCCCCGCUCCCGACGCAGCUCCUGCACCUCUUCCAGCCGCCCAACCUCACGUUCCUCAGCACGUCGCACGCGCCGCAGCCCCCGCUGCACGCGCUCCUCCCGACCUUCAUGGCGCCGUUCGCGUCCACACUGACCGGGUUCAACUACUCUGCCCACCUCGACUCGGACGCGGACCCGCUCGCGGUCACGUGGCUCGAGCCGCUCGUCGCGCUGGACAUGCUCACGCUCAUGCGCCCCGGGGAGGCGGUCACGCGCGCGCUGCUGCUCCGCCUCGACCGCGCCGCGCACCCGCACUUCCUCCCGCGCCUGCGCCAGCUCGUCAUCCGCAAGCAGCAGCUCUUCGUCGACCUCGCCGUCGUCAAGGCCGCGUGGACGCGCUGCCCGUGCGUUCCGUACGACGAGUUUUUUCCGCCCGAGGACGCCGAGCCCGCCGGGCCGACGUCCCCCGCGCCGGAGCCCGGGCCGGCACCGGCGCCGGACGCGCCCCUGCAAACGCUCGACGCGCUCGUGUUCAUCCACCACCCGUUCCCGCCGAGCGACGCGUACCCCGGCCUCGGCGGGCCGGACGCCGUGGGCGACGUCGACUGGGACGCGCUCGCGGACCUCGUCUGGGCGACCGAGGACGCGGAGGGCCGCCCGAAGAUGGCCGUGCACGUCGGCACGGAGCGCGAGAAUUUCGUGGUGCCGUGGGACCCGGAGGAGGAGGAGGCGGGGGAUGAAGAAGAAGACGCAGCCGGGGAGGCGAAACUUGACUCUUGA